UCCAACAGAAACGGACGCGUGGGUUUUUCUCUCUCCGCCUGAUCGUUGAUGGAUAUUAUUUUCUCCUACACGGCGCCCACGAACUAACUCACACGGUGACGGUACCACUUCUCUUCCGUUCUGUUUUUGUUUUGUUUUUGCCUCUCUGGAUUAUUCUUCAUCUCGAGAAAAAAAAACGUGAAAUGAAAUAGGGAGAGGAAGUACAAGGAGAAGAUAGAGAGAUAGAGAGAAAGAAAAGCUGGACAUCAGAGCAGGGUUUGGUGCUCCCGCUACACGGCAAGUCACGGACAUGCUUCAGGGAACUUGUAAUUCCAUAUCGAUAAGGGUGGCUCUACCUGGCUCUCUAUCAUGACUGAUGGCGAGGGGAGAGUCCGCUUCCUCUACACCCCCACCUCCUCUACCCCCACCCCCAUCCUCACCCUCACUCCUGCCCUCAACGUCCAGCAGGGAGGGGAGGAAAGGCGGUGCCGUGACGGAGAGGUGAGGGUUCUCAUACCGGCUCCAUUUUACCGGGAACACAACCCACACCCAUCACCGUUUUACCGGGAACACAACCCCCCGAGACGUCACCACCACGACAUCGGCUUCCCUGAUGAUGAUGAGGAAGAGGAAGGAGGCAGCAGCACAUGGAGUCCAGGGCCGGAGGAGGAGGAAGAGGUGGAGGAAAGGGAGGAGGAAGGUGCAGGAGUAGCUGCCCGUUGUGUCCCGGGGCCUCCCGUUGUCGUUACCGGCGGUAGUAGUGGUGGUGGUGUGUUCGGUAACGUGAGGAGGGAGCCAGUAACGGAGCCGGUAACGGAGCCGGUAGACCCAGUGGACCUGCUGUCUGAAGAUGAGGAGCAGCAGCCAUAUCCAGCCCUCGCCCCCGUAGUCUUCUUCUGCAUCAAACAGACAACGCGUCCUCGCAGCUGGUGUCUACGCACGGUCUGUAACCCAUAUCCUUUACUGCUGGUCUGUACUGGUCUGUACUGGUCUGUACUGGUCUGUAACCCAUAUCCUUUACUGCUGGUCUGUACUGGUCUGUACUGGUCUGUAACCCAUAUCCUUUACUGCUGGUCUGUACUGGUCUGUACUGGUCUGUACUGGUCUGUAACCCAUAUCCUUUACUGCUGGUCUGUACUGGUCUGUACUGGUCUGUAACCCAUAUCCUUUACUGCUGGUCUGUACUGGUCUGUAACCCAUAUCCUUUACUGCUGGUCUGUACUGAUCUGUACUGGUCUGUACUGGUCUGUAACCCAUAUCCUUUACUGCUGGUCUGUACUGGUCUGUAACCCAUAUCCUUUACUGCUGGUCUGUACUGGUCUGUGACCCAUAUCCUUUACUGCUGGUCUGUACUGGUCUGUACUGGUCUGUACUGGUCUGUAACCCAUAUCCUUUACUGCUGGUCUGUACUGGUCUGUAACCCUUUUCCUUUACUGCUGUCUGUACUGGCCUGUACUGGUCUGUACUGGUCUGUAACCCAUAUCCUUUACUGCUGGUCUGUACUGGUCUGUACUGGUCUGUACUGGUCUGUACUGGCCUGUACUGGUAUGUACUGGUCUGUAACCCAUAUCCUUUACUGCUGGUCUGUACUGGUCUGUACUGGUCUGUAACCCAUAUCCUUUACUGCUGGUCUGUACUGGUCUGUACUGCUCUGUAACCCAUAUCCUUUACUGCUGGUCUGUACUGGUCUGUAACCCAUAUCUUUACUGCUGGUCUGUACUGGUCUGUACUGGUCUGUAACCCAUAUCCUUUACGGCUGUCUGACGCUGGU